GAGGUUCCAAACCGAAAUAAACCGGUUUGCAAUUUAAACCAGUUCAAGUAAUCAUCAAACCGCAUGAAUUCAAACGCAAACGCUAGCGUCAAGGGUUGCGAUUUUCGACAGCUAAAAAACCAGAUGAAAAUGACGUUCACGUGGACGCACUCGCAGGGUAUAAUAAAAACCUCUCUCACUCGCCACCAUCUCCUUCACACUCCUCUCUCUUUAACUUCCAUAACUGCAUCCCACUACUCUCUAACGCAACGAACCAUAACAAACUUCCAUUUUCAAAAUUUCAAAUUUUCGUCGAAAGCAUGAAGGUGAUCGCGUCGAGGAAUUCAAAGCGUAAGGCUGAGGCGUCGCCGUUCGCCGGGAAGAAGCUUCGCUCACGCCAGAAGAGAGCUCAGAUCUCUCCCUCACCUCUCCACCACAAGGAAGUAGGAGCACCCGCUGCUUCUGUAGAUUCCUGCUCUGCGGUCGACGACACUGUUUCAUGCGGUUCAAGCAUAGUCGAGAAGAGCUCGAAGCUGAAGAAGACUCGAAUCGAAGAGGUAGAAGUUUCUGAUCGUGUGAUUGCUGAUCCGAAGUUUCGGAGGAUCACAAGAUCAUACUCUAAGCUAAACAGGGAGAAGGACGCAGAGGAGAUCGAAGUAAGCGAAUCGUCCUUCACGCGAUCCGACGUGACGUUCGCCGAGCACGUCUCCGAUAGCCGGAAUUUGAAUUUCGUUUCGGAGAGCGACGUCGUUUCGUUCGUAUCGGGUGUGGACUCUUGCUCCAAGUUCGGGAGCGUAACUGGAGGAGGAGCCGAUAACAACGAAGAAACUGAAAUCUCGAAACCGAGCGGAUUCGCGGAACUGAAGCCGGAGCUCGUGACAGUCGGACGCGUCUCCGAUCUCGCUUGCACGGAGACGUUCUCCGGCGAAGAGGUUUCGGAGUACGGCGAGGAUGAAUCGUCGGAGCCACGUUCCGAGACGCUUUCGCAGUACUCCUCCGACUUCGGUUUCUCGGAUUACACUCCGUCGAUGUUUUUCGAUUCCGGCAGCGAAUUCUCCGAGAAAUCGAACUCUGACUCUCCCGUUUCGCAUACUCGCUCUCUGUACCUCCAGUUCAUGGGGCAGUUCUGUAGAUCCACCGUUCCGAACGAUCUCGAAUCUUCUCGCCAUGAAGAACACCGUGAUAUCCAGUCUGAACGGCUGAGGUUUGAAGAUGAAGAGGUUGAAGAGAGCUAUCAAAGGCUGAGGGAAAGGGAGAGAAGUCAUGCAUAUCUGCGUGACUGUGCUAAGGCUUACUGCUCCACCAUGGACCAUACUGAUCUCAUCUCUCGUCUACGCUUGAUCAUGGUUCAAUGGAUUGUGCAGCAAUGUUCUGAAAUGGAGCUUCAGCCAGAGACAUUGUUUCUAGGAGUUAGUCUGCUGGAUCGAUUCCUGAGCAAGGGAUCCUUCAACAACGAGAGGACUCUAGUACUAGUGGGGAUCGCGAGUCUUACUCUGGCCACCAGAAUUGAAGAAAAUCAACCUUACAAUAGCAUCCGGAAAAGGAACUUCUACAUCCAGAACCUAAAGUAUAGCCGGCAUGAAGUGGUGGCAAUGGAGUGGCUGGUUCAAGAAGUCCUCAACUUCAAAUGCUUCUCACCCACAAUCUUUAGCUUCUUAUGGUUCUACCUAAAAGCUGCCCGAGCCAACCCAGAAGUUGAAAGGAAAGCCAAAUCCUUGGCCGUUACCUCACUAUCCGAUCACACCCAACUCUGUUUUUGGCCCUCAACUGUAGCAGCCGGACUCGUAGUUCUCGCCUGCAUUGAACACAACAAGAUCUCAGCCUACCAACGAGUCAUAAAGGUUCAUGUUAGAACAGAAGAUAACGAGCUGCCUGAAUGCGUCAAGAGCCUGGAAUGGUUGCUUGAGCAGUAAGCAAUCCACAACAACAAAUACCCAACACCAGACCACACAGUAUACUCAAACACGAUCUCACAGGUUAUUAUUACAACUUACAAAUAUCAUAUAUAUGGUAUAUAUAGCAAUGCCUCUACAGCUUUAUAUACUUGAUCUCUGGGCUUAAUUACCUCUUGUUUUGGCAUACUAAUACCAAUUACUAGACCACCAUUUGUGUCGCCACACCCAUUUUCUUCAACGAAUAUUUUUCGUGAUCAGUAUUUUUCCUCUUUCAUAAAGUCUGAUAGAUUUAUUCAGUUUCCUAAUCGUCACUGUUUUUUAAGAUCAAAUGAGCCUUUUAUCAGGUUCAGUGUGACUUUCUUUUUCCAUGUAGUGGAUGUAUCGAUAUUUUUUUGGUUUAUAUUGUUUUCACCAGUCA